UGGAAUGUUACAUUUUUCUUCUAAUCCCUGCCACUUGCUUUCGUGAAACUUCCCCUCCCGUCUCGGAAUAUUUCAACGGUUUUCGUGGAUCUUUUUUCUCCUCUGCUGCUGUCCACAUUCAUCUCAUCUUCACGCCACUCCUCAUCGGAGCUGAGCUGGAUUCUGUUCGCAUUCUGCUCGCCAACAGGAACUUUCAGAAUGGAGCAACACGAAUUGACGUCACAUCCGGGAAAAGACCCCGAGUCUUCGAUCAGUGAAUCGCCAGGCCGCAGGGAGCGUCCAGCUCCUGCGACCGAAGCACGCAAUGUCAAGCAGGAGGUGGUUGAGCAGACACAAAUCAAGCGACUGUUCAGUUUCACCCAAAUAUUUUUCUUCUCGCUCACGUUUAUGUCAAGCUGGGAGAGUCAGGCUCUCAAUUUGAAUGCCGUGCUUACAAAUGGCGGUCCUGAAGCGUUAGCCUGGGGAGUGGUGAUAGUGAUCUUUGGGGCUAUGGCCCAGUCCGCUUCCCUGGCAGAGAUGGCCUCGAUGCAACCCAUCGCCGGGGCACAAUAUCACUGGACACAUCACCUUGCACCACCAAACCAGCGGAAGUUUAUAACAUGGAUGCAGGGAUGGAUCACAUGGUUCGCGUGGGUAUCGUUGCUAGCUGGUGUCGCUAAUACGACAGCUACAAUGAUUCAAGGGCUGGCCAUUGUCAACUAUCCCGAGUAUGAGGCCAAGCGAUGGCACUUGACACUCAUAAUGUUUGCUAUGCUGGUAGUGGAGGCCUUGAUGAACAUGUACACGUUCUGGCUGAUUCCUUGGAUUGAACUCCUGGCCGGAGUGCUUCACAUUAUCAUGUUCAUUAUUUUCCUGGUGGUCUUUGCUGCGCUGGCCCCACGACACACCGCCGACUACGUGUUUUUGACAACGGACUCUUCCUCCGGUUGGACAGACAGUUUUAUCUCGUGGAAUAUUGGCCUAUUGACACCGACUUGGGGAUUUGUCGGGUUUGACGGAGCUGUGCAUAUGAGCGAGGAAGUUCGCCGAGCACGACAGGCAGUGCCGCGAUCUAUGUUCUGGACGGUGGCGACCAAUGCUGUGCUGGCCUACUCGAUCGUCAUUUGCAUUCUUUUCACCAUGGGUCCUAUCGAUGCGGCUGUCGAGGCUAGUUUCCCUAUUAUCGAAAUCUGCCAGCACGCGACGGGAUCGGUGAAAGCUUCCACGGCUAUGGUUUGUGGCCUUCUGGUCAUCUCGUUGUCCGUGAACCUGGCCAGUAUUGCGUCGGUAUCCCGGCUGACCUGGGCAUGGGCCCGUGACGGUGCUCUGCCUCGGUGGUUUUCUUAUGUCGAUCGCAGGCACAACGUACCCGUUCGCGCGGUCUGGCUCCCCGUGGUGAUUGUGAUGAUCCUGGCCUGUCUCAACAUCCCCAGUUCCGCCGCCUUCGGAGCUUUCGUCGCCCUGUCAUCGAUCGGACUCUUUGUGUCGUACUUCAUCGCCAUCGGCUGCAUGGUUUUAAAUCGGUUUCGCAACGACAGUGUGCCUUUGGGCAAUUGGAACAUGGGCCGAUGGGGACUGCCCGUCAACAUAUUUGCUUUGCUAUACACCGCCUACGUGACGGUUUGGCUAUGCUUUCCUUCGUAUCGGCCUGUUACAGGCGAGAAUAUGAACUACGCUCUUCCGAUAUUUGCGGGAACCACAUUAUUUGCGUUUGUAUAUUGGUUCCUCAGAGGCCGGAGAUACUGGCCGGGGUUGAAUAAGGAUGUUGUUCGGUUAGUGGUUGAGGGUGGGGAGUUGCAACUGAGGUAAGAUGUUUGGGCACAGUUUUGAAAAAGUUGGUAAGUAUGAAUGAUGAAUAGGCUUGUUUAGAUACUUGGAUACACAUUAAUUUAAAGUUGCUUUGACG